AUGUCAAUUUAUCAGAGAACAACAAAUUUAUUUAGACAAUUUGCUGGUUAUGUUUAUACAAUUUAUGGAGUAGAUCCUUUAACUAAAAUAUUUAAAAAACAUUAUGGGGCAACAUUUCCUGAUUUAAGGACUAUUGUUGCAGAAAGUCCUUUUGUUUUUGUUAAUGUUGAUGAAUUGUUGGAUUUUCCCCGUCCAAUAUUUUCGAAUAUUAUUUAUAUUGGUGGACUUGGAAUGGAGGAAGGAAAAAAUACUAAAAUUAAUAAAAUUGAGGACCCAAUAAAUAUUGAAAUGUCUAAAGGUAAAAAGGGUGUUAUAUUCUUUUCAAUGGGAUCAGUAAUGAGAACAACAGAUAUGGAUGAAAAUUUUAGAAGGAAUGUAUUAUUAACUUUCUCUCAAUUGACUGAUUAUCAUUUUAUUGUAAAAAUUGAGAAUGAUGACAAUGUACAUAUAAAUAUUUUUGUUGCAAAGGAGGGCGAAACACUCCUAAUAAAAAUCUUGUCUAAAUAG